AUGACUGGAUCCCAUAUCAUUAAAGAAAAACUUCCACUCGGAAGUUGGCUAGGCAUUGUCUGGUUUAACGACGACGCAGACGAGUUUGCCAAAAUCACGCAGAUCAAUAACGACGAUGACAGACAGAGCUUGAUGUUGCAAAGGAAAUUUGGAACGGCUGAAAAUUCUGAAAUCAUUUUGAUGUCUGACGGACAGGACAACGACCCUCUGAAGUUAGAAGAAGCGACAUUAAACGCAAAGCAGGCAAAGGUGACCAUCCACACCGUCUCGAUAUCUCAGGAGGCUGAUCAACGAAUGAUCGACCUUGCCGUCAGCACUGGCGGUAACGCGCCAGUCGUCAACGUGGAUGUGUUUGCUCAAUUGGAUGAAGCAAAUGGUACAGUGUGCAACCUUACACUCAAAGAUGAUGGACUAGCCGAGGUCGAAGUCAACGUCAUUGAGAAUAACUUCCAGCGGCUUUCCAUCCCCGAGCCUCUGUUUGUCGAGAACCUUCCUCCGACUGAGGACAUAGACCUGCCUCCUGGUCGAAUAACAGACCUGAGUGUCGUUGAUAUUAAGACAAAGAAGUCUAAGUACGGGGAAAGCAGGAAUUUUACCAUAGCCUGGACCGCUACCGGAAGUGACUUGAACGUAGGGCAAGCGUCUGCAUACGACAUCAGAAUAGCAGAGGACAUUGAUACUAUCCUGCAAAACUUUACCAACGCACAGAGAUUUGAAGUAGGCAACGGAACACUCAGCCCCAAGCCGUCGGGAUCAGCCGAAGCCAUCAGAAUUUCAGUGAAUGCGGACGAAAGCUACACCGGCACUGCUUUCUUAGGGAUUGUGGUUGCGGAUGAAAACAACAACACUGGGAAAUUGUCAAAUGUGGUGUCAAUCUUGGUAGCCAAGGGAUUCCGUAUUAAAGUCGAAGAGGUGGCAAAUUAUACAAAGGGAAUGUUCGACGACAAACCUGAUUUAGUGGACAAAGAAUCUAAGUCAUCAACGCGUCCUGUUAAUUAUGUGCCACCAUUGGCGGCGAGUAGUGUUAACGUUGUCUGUUUAUUCCUUCUUUUGUCCAUUUAA